UACUUGAGGACUUAGGUGGCCGCGGUCGGCCAUAUUGUCUCUGAUACAGCAGAAAUCACAAACUGGCAAAUGUACACCGGCAACGGGGGGAGGCGAACACUGUUGGCUUGACGAAAUUCGGUUUAUUGGGAAGCACUUCGGCCCUCGAAUUGAUCAAGGGGCUAUUCCACCGUACGCCUUGUAAAGCCUCCCCUAAACCCCUUUCCCUGUUAAGAUCACCCCCACCCCACCCCUUACCAUUCCUCCUCGCCCUCCUGUCCACCUGUUGUCCCUGCACUCAAACCGCCCUCUGCUGCAGUAAGGUCUCCACACCAUCGCUGCCAAGCUGUCGGACAUGUCAGGACCCGUGCCGAGCCGGGCGAGAGUGUACACCGAGGUCAACACUCACCGGCCAAGGGAGUACUGGGACUAUGAGUCCCAUGUGGUUGAAUGGGGAAACCAGGAUGACUUUCAGUUGGUUAGGAAGUUAGGACGUGGCAAAUACAGUGAGGUCUUUGAGGCAAUCAACAUCACCAACAAUGAGAAGGUGGUGGUGAAGAUACUCAAGCCUGUGAAGAAAAAGAAAAUCAAGCGUGAGAUCAAGAUUUUGGAAAAUCUGCGGGGAGGUCCUAAUAUAAUCUCCCUCAUUGACAUUGUCAAAGACCCUGUUUCUCGAACACCUGCUCUGGUCUUUGAACAUGUUAACAACACAGACUUCAAGCAACUCUACCAGACCCUGACAGACUAUGACAUCCGGUUCUACAUGUAUGAGAUUCUCAAGGCCCUGGAUUACUGCCAUAGCAUGGGAAUCAUGCAUAGAGACGUGAAGCCUCAUAAUGUGAUGAUUGAUCAUGAGCACCGUAAGUUGCGCCUUAUUGACUGGGGUCUUGCUGAGUUUUACCACCCAGGGCAGGAAUACAACGUCAGAGUCGCCUCCCGCUACUUUAAAGGACCUGAGCUGUUGGUGGACUAUCAGAUGUAUGACUACAGUCUGGAUAUGUGGAGUUUGGGUUGUAUGCUGGCAAGCAUGAUCUUCAGAAAAGAGCCCUUCUUCCAUGGUCAUGACAACUACGACCAGUUGGUGAGAAUAGCAAAGGUUUUGGGGACGGAAGACCUCUACGACUACAUCGACAAAUACAAUAUUGAGCUGGAGCCUCGUUUCAAUGACAUCCUGGGAAGACAUUCUCGUAAGCGGUGGGAGAGGUUCGUCCACAGUGAGAACCAGCACCUGGUCAGCCCUGAGGCUCUUGACUUCUUGGACAAGCUGCUGCGCUACGACCACCAGGCCCGACUGACUGCCCGUGAAGCCAUGGAUCACCCUUACUUUUUCCCCAUUGUGAAAGAUCAGUCUCGUGUGGGUGGAUCAGCUAACAUGCCCAGUGGGAACCCAGCUGUUAGCACAGCCAGUAUGAUCACAGGUAUCUCCGCCUUGCCAGCCUCCACUGCCCUGGGCCCGCUCACUGGCUCACCAGUCCUUUCUGCUGCCACCAACGCCCUCAGCACCCCGGUCCCUGCUACUGCUGGUGCUCCGCAGUGACACCCCACCCAAAUCAACACCCCUUUACCCCACCCCUGUGUGUCUCUUGACCUCCCACUUCCACCAUUACCCAACCGGUGGAAAAAGGAGACUAGACAGGUGCCAUUUGGUGUGACGGCGCCUUCACCGGCCUCCUGUUUGGAGGCUACUUUUGUCUUAAGACAGAUUUUUUUUGCAUUUCCUCCUCAAAUGAACAUGUUAACCAUGACAUCUGAAAUGAUUGUUGUGUCUAACUGAAUUAUACAGGUAUUCCUUUCAUUCUCCUGCAAGCUGUAGCGAAAUACAAAGGGGGGGAGGGUAUCGGUGUGGUCAGUGAGAGAAAGUGUCGCACAUGGGGUCCCAACAGGCCCCCAUGUCCUUCCCUCUUGCUUUCUCUGUGCGCGUGUGUGUUAGUUUGGAUUUAUGGCACUGGUCAAGAACAUCAGCAGAAAAUUGAAAGAAAGAGACAUUGGCCUUCCUUCAGGACCAGUAGGAGGACAUCAUCUAUAGUUUACUACUGCAGCAUUGUCAAAAAAAAAAACAAGACCUGGAGAGAACAUUAAUUUACCUCUCCAGAUGAGUUGAAACACCACCUAGAUCACAGCAUUUUGGAAGUGUUUGGUGCUGUACUGUGCUCCGGGGGCUUGAUCUUUGUACGAUGCCUAAGAGGUCCAAGAUCAGCUGGCUGAUCUAGCAUCUACUGAUAUUUGGUGGCAGUAAUCCAGUUUGCUUGGUUGGUUCAAGGAAAGUUAUUUAUCCAUGGUUUCUAAGGUGUGUAUAUCGAUACUGGAAUGACAUAAUAACUUAUGUGAAGUAUUCCCUCAUAACUGAAGUGAUCAGGGUAUGCUAAAGAAUCGCCACUUGAAAAAGCUCAUGUUAAUCAUCAUUGGACCAAUCACAGCUCAUUCCUCCUGCAGCAAAGUCACAGCCAUGGUUUUGUGAAAUCGCUGAAGCAGGAUUGAGAAGUCUGUCCUCUAAUCUUGUUUACAUUGAAUAAACCUGUUCUCAAGUGCAAGUAGGUUUGAUCUCACCAAUAUGCUGCUGUCUGUCAUUUCAACAACUGACAUCUGGGACCAUGCCAAAUCCUCAACAAUUGAAUCCACGUACUGAGAAUGGACCCCAGUUGUACAUGAACACAAUGACACUUAAACAUGUCUGCCCGAGUAGUCCCUCGCCUCUUGCCUUUCUUACCAAAUCUGAUGACCAGUCAUCUUUUUAUAUGCCUCUUCCCUUCCCCUCCUCACUUUGUCCAUCUUUUUAAUUUGUUUUCUAUACUAAAAUGUUCUGGACUGCUGAAUUAAGGUUCACCAUCAAGUGGUUUGAUCAACUAUAGUGUUAUGCUAUGCUGUGGACUCCUUCAGAAGCCAGGUAAGGUUUAUUCAGGUUCUCAAAGAAAUGGUUCCUCAAAUGUGCUGCUUUCCAGUUCCUUGAAUUACUUCAAGUGGCUUUUUCUUGAAUUAUUUCAAGACAUAACCAAAGUUUAUUCAAUUGGUUGGGAGAAUAGACUGACCAAACGUAGUUUCAUUUUCGCGAGAGUUACUCGACAUGCUGUAUCACAGGUUGACAAUGUAAUGUGUAGUGAAUAUGUGUCGACAUGAUAACUAUAGUCAGAUGUAGUUGAGAGACGUUCACUUCGACCAAGUGUAGUGACAUGGGUUGGUUUUUGUUUUGUUUUUUUGAGGUAUCAAAACAGUUUAUUGGCUUUCACCAACAUGUCGAGGGAUGCAGUGAAGUUAUAUAGCACUUGAAGGGUAGAGUUUUUUUCCCCAGUGUUAUAGUGCCAGAGUUUGAAAAUAAGUUUUAGGUCCUGUUGUACAUAAACAUCCUUUUUUUUUUCUUUUUCGAAAAACUGAAGAUGCAAAUAAAUCAUAACAUGUACACAUUAAUCUGUGGAUGGAGCAGUAUGAGUCCCUACAUCACUGUAUAUAUUUUUAUGUCCUCAUGUAGAAGACUAGUAUUUGAAAAUAUUUGUGUAAAUAAAUGUGUUUUAUUUAUCAAGUA